UGAGAUAUGAAUAUUAUUUCAGCCCAGGGUCAACAUAUGGGCUAAGUUUAUUCGACAAAGUUGUGCAGAAAGUCAUUUCAAACAAAUUUGCAAAAGAUACCAUUCCCGUAACUCGAAUAGAUUCCAUGAUAUAAAGUAUUUUCUUGAAAGGGUCUUCUAAAAUCAGUUUUUGUAAGAAAACUCAUAUAUUAUUAAUUUCUAUGAGUUUUUCAUGUUAUACAAAGUUAUUCAUUAUUAAAAACUACACAACUUUCUCGAACAUACUAUGCCCCUAACAUUUCAGUUUAACGAAAGAGAGCCAUUUUUCAUGUUUUUUUUCACAAAGUUCUAACUUGUGUAUCAUCAAAAGGCGCAGAAAGGUGCAGAUGAGACCACUUACAUAUAAAACUACAACAAAAGAGCUUUCAUAUCGUGGUUGAAUUACUCGUCUGCGAUCGUCUGCAGACGAGAUAUGUUCUUUUCAAAUAUCCUUGUUCUUGACAUUCGCUAUGAUAAGGUUCAUUAUAUGUCUGAUCAGAUUUCAAUAUAUAUUCGUUACUAUGGUAAUUUUUGCAAUAAAUGAUUUUUGGUACAUCAAAGCCUAUAAAUAGACAAGUUUUGUAACUAUCCCGUCAGACGUUUUUUGAAAGCGAGAUAAGAACCCACAACUCUGAAAAAAGCAAUCAUCAAAGAGAUUUACGUAAUGUCAUUUCCUGGUAAGUUUUUCUAUACUCAGCUCAGCUCAGCGAAUAUACAUCCUUUUCAUUCACUUAAAGUGGAGAUAAAUAAACGCGAUCUCUUGACACUCUGGUCUAGAGCAAGAGGAAGUCGAGCUGCAAGAAUUGGCAGCGUGUAUGAAAAGGUUAUCCAAGAUUGUGCGAUUGACCACAAUACUAUGCCACAAGUAGCUGCGAAAAUUGAAAAAUCGAUAAGCAUGAUGUGCGACUAUUUUCAAAAGCUCUGGCAUAAACAUGGACGUUCUAAAGAAAAAGUUAUUAAAUGCCACAUUGAUUUCUUCAACACACCUUUCAAGCUUCCGAAUCAUAUUUUAACCCUUCUUAGCAAUACAAAUAAACAAGUGAAAAGUGUACCAGGUCGAAAGGUUAUUCCUUUCGUCGAAUGCAGCGAAACUACUAAACGGAAGAAAACUGUUGCUGUUCGUUCAAAUUAUCAAUUGACUGAACUUGCUUUUGCAACGCAAAUGAAGCUGCGAGAGUCAGGUGAAAGAAAAGUUGCGAAUAUGCUGCAUUCUUUUCACGGUAGCGUAUUAUCCACAUGUAAGUUUUGCUUUGAACGAUUAGACUCUAAUAUUGUUUACUAUUUUCGAAUAAAAAAUAGUAAUUGCACUAGUCAGUUCAUAAUUUAUUAUUUUGAUAACCUUUUUUAACUACAACAGCUAUUAAGAAGAGCAUUGAAUUGCCCGCGUACUCUGAUUUGGAAGCCUUGGCGUUAAUGAUCGAUACAUACCUGUCCAAGUCCCAAUAUAUCAAAAUUCAAUCUAGAAAUAGAAAAAGAAACUCAAACAUUUAUCCGUCAUAUCACCGUAUAUUGAUCGCUAAAAAAAGUUGUUAUCCUAUGGAUUCUUCGAUUACCGUCACAGAUACAGAAGUCGAUAUAAAUCUCCAGGCUCUUCUAGAUCACACUUCCAAACGAAUAGUGGAGGCUAAUGCGGAAAAACUAGAAACAUUCUCUGAUGAGGAAUUAAUGAAUAUUAUACUGACAGUAAAAUGGGGAAUGGAUGGAAGCACGGGAAACUCUGAAUACAACCAGGUAUUUGAAAAUGAUAACGGACUACUGACGGAUGCCAGCGUUUUUAUUACGUCAAUGGUUCCAAUAGAAGCAAGGUCGAUAAAAAAAGUGUUCUUCCAAAAUCCUCGUCCAUCCUCCACAAGAUUAUGUAGGCCUAUAAGAAUUUUGUUCGAAGCGGAAACCUCUGAGUUAAUCAUUCGGGAAAGACAAUACAUCGAAGAUCAAAUUUUGUCUUUGAAACCCACUAUAGUUACAAAACACCAACGUACGGUUCAAAUAAAAUAUUGUAUGUUGUUCACUAUGGUCGACGGUAAAGUUUGUUCGGCGGUUACAGAAACUUCUUCGUCGCAAAGUUCUUCCAGAUGUUAUAUUUGUCAAGCCAAACCUACAGACAUGAAUAACAUUCAGAAAGUAUGUCAGCGUUCCGUUAAUGUAUCCAGCUACCAAUUUGGAUUGUCCACGCUACAUGCAUGGAUAAGAUUCUUGGAAUAUUUUCUUCAUGUUGCGUACAGGCUUGAUUUAAAAAAAUGGCAAGUGCGAGGAGAAGACAAAAUUAAAAUUAUUGAACGUAAAAAGAAUCUCCAAAAACGUUUUAAAAUAGAAAUGGGAAUGAAUAUAGACAAACCGCGUGCUGGAGGAUCAGGUACAUCUAAUGACGGAUCGAUAUUACAAGUUUUAGCAUCCGGUUGUCAGAUCGACACAGCUAAAUUCAACAACUACUGCAUAGAAACAGCUCAGUUACUAGUGCAUUUAUAUCCGUGGUACUAUCUGCCCUGUAGUGUGCACAAAAUCCUAAAAUUCUUUCAUACAGAUAUCGGGAAUAUCAUACACGCAAGCAGUCCAGAUCACUUACGAAUCGUGAUCUAA